CCAGCAGGAGGUGGGCGUGGGCAUGGGCAUGGUCACGGGCAUGGGCAUGGCCAUGGUCGGAGUGCCAUCGACCCGUAUGAUGGCUAUGCAGCCCCAGCCUAUGAGCCAGAUCCACCCAGGCAUCGUGACCGGCGUGACAGAGAGGAUCGCCGUAGAGACAGGGACAGGGACCGUGACCGGGACAGGAGGGACAGAGACAGGGAUCGCAGGGAUAGAGACAGGGAUCGGGACCGCGACAGGGACAGAGAUAGAGACAGAGACAGGGAUCGUGAUAGGGAUCGGACCGCUGGAGAGAUGAUGAUCGCGACCGCAGCCCUCGCAGGGACAGAGAUCACCGGACUACAGGACUACGACAGGGACAGAGAUAAUUAUGAAGAUGAAAGGACAGAUUAUAAGUCGCAGCCACCUAACAACACUAUCAUGGUCAGGGGACUUGCACAACACAUCACAGAGAAUGAUAUCCGGGCAGACAUCCUAGCAUGCAACCUAAUGCCAAAGGAUAUCCGCCUCGUCAGGAAAAAGGAGUCAGGUGCAUCAAGAGGCUUUGCCUUCGUGGAGUUUACGACGGUACAUGACGCCACACGGUGGAUGGAAGCCAAACAGGGUGUACUUAUCCUGCAAGAUGUGUACAGAGCAACUUUGCAGUAUUCCAUCCCCAAGGAUCCUCCGAGCGGCAAUCUAAAGCAUCACAAAGACUGGUUUUGUAUCAGGUGUGGUGCUCAUAACUUCAAGCGUCGUGAUUCCUGCUUCAAAUGCUCGGCCCCACGGCACGAGUCUGAAGCUGGUGAAGAAGGCAGUGACGAAGUGUGUACCUACCCAACCAAUACUUUGCUCCUGCGCGGACUAGAUGUCCUUAGUACAGAAGAGAGCGUUCUCCAAGGCAUCCAGCAUGUGGGAAGUGACCUGCCCAUAAGAUCUGUCCGAAUAGGGAGGGAUCCCCUCACCAACACUUCUCGAGGAGUGUGCUACAUUGAGCUAAAUUCCGUCUUAGACUCGAUGCAGUUGCACAAUAAGCUUGCUCAUGCACCUCCCACUAUUGAUGGCAAGCAGGUCACCAUAUCCUACUGCAAACUGAACCCAAAUAAUGGCAAUGGUAACAACUGGUCAGCACAGCAGCAGCAACAGCAGCAGUACCAUCAGCCUGCAGAGUACACUGCAGGUGCUGACAUCAAACAGCUUGCAGAGUACAGUGCCUCUUUGUAUGCCCAAACCCCAGAGGAGCAUGCGUCCUAUGUCCAGUAUUACACCAUGUACUACCAACAACAGGCACAGGUACUAAGGACAUCUGAAUUGCUUAUCCAAAAUCAACAACAACAAGGCAGUUCAAAUCAGUCAGAUUCAGUCAAUGCUGCAGCGGCGGUUGCACAGUCUGCCCUUCAAGCUAUGCAGCAAAAGUCAGCAGCAAACACCUCAACAAGCGGUGCAGCAGCAGUUGCAGCAGCAGCAUCACAGAGUACUUACAGCACUCCUACCACAACUGCACCAACAACCACUGACCAGACAGUGACACAAACUACACCUGGUUCUGCCAAUUAUGAUGGAGUUCAGCUACAAACGGGAGAAUAUCCUACUUACCCUCCCCCUGAUGUCAGCACAUACCAGUAUGAUGAAACCUCAGGUUACUAUUAUGAUCCUUCCACCACGCUGUACUAUGAUGCCAGCAGCAAUACUACUACAAUGCUGAGUGGCCAGUAUCUCUAUUGGGAUGCAGAGAAGUCAACUUACCUCCCAGCUCCUGUUGGGGAGGAUGGCCAUGAGGGGAAGAAGGGGGAUAAGAAAGAGAAGGAGAAAGAUAAGCAGGACAAGGUUAAAGUUGCCAAGAAGAUUGCAAAAGAUAUGGAAAGAUGGGCCAAGGCUCAGAAUAAGAGGAAUGAAAGUGCCAUAACAGGGAAGGCUGCCACAGCUGAACCUGCUGGAGGCUCCCGAGAAGGAAGUGGAACGGGAGCUGCUGAUGCUGCCUUUGCCGUGCUUUUGGAAAGAAGAGACCGUGCUUCACUUGUCGAGAAGCAAUCUCAGGUCUUCCAGAUGCACAUGAAGAAGGAUUCUGCACCAGUUCUGGCAAGCAUGAAGAAAUCAGGCCUUGUCGCAGCAUAUGGAGGAGAGGGCAGUGACAGUGAAGAGGAGACUGGAGCUGGCCUAGGGGGUAUGGGUGGAGAGGAGAGACUGGAAGAGAAACUAGUCGACUACACUAAAAUGGCAUGUCUACUGUGCAAGAGACAGUUCCCCAACAAAGAGGCUCUGGGCAGACACGUUCAGCUCUCAGACCUGCACAAAACCAACCUGGAAGCCAUGAGGAAGUCAAGAGGGUCGGGUGAUGGUGCAGGUGGACUAGGAGGAAUGACUGCGGCCCAGUACAGAGACAGAGCCAAGGAGAGGCGGCAGAAGUAUGGCGAGCCAAGUGUACCUGCACCCAACAAACUCAAGGAACGUUACAUGGCCGCCCGGGAAGAGGUCGAGGCUACCAAGUAUGAAGAGCCAACCAAACAAGGCAUUGGCAGUGACAACAUCGGAAACAAGCUAUUGAAGAAGAUGGGCUGGACUGAUGGGCAGGGGCUGGGCAAGGCGAAUCAGGGCCGGACGUCCAUCAUUGAGACUGAGAGAAGGGUGGCCACUGCUGGCCUCGGGAUGCAGGGCAGCACCUACAGCGUGGUCGGGGACAGCUACAAGGAUUGCGUCAAGAAGAUGAUGUUCCACCGGUACCAGGAGCUCGAUGCCCAAGAGAAAUCUGUCAAGAGCUGAGUUGUUUGGGUGUUUGACAGGAGGCAAAGUAGCAGGUUCUGUUAGUCUUUCAAUUUUUUACUGAUGUGUGCAUCUGUGAGCAAGGUGAUAUCUAUCGAGAUCUUUUAUAUUUCUCUCGGCAAAAGACUGUUACUGUGUGAACAGUUCCAGUUCUUGUUCCUUGAUCACAUCUGUCUUGUUUUUGCCUCUUCUACUGCUGUAAAUGAUUUUUUUUUUUUUCACUGGUUUUAUUACUUCUUACGGGCUGCUAGCAACUAAAACUGAGCUGUUACUUCUUUCUUCACUCUGUAUACGGAUGUGGAAUCUUUCGUGCAAGAUCCAUCACUGAUUUCACAUGUAUAUAUAAAUACACCUGAUGACACUUUGAAGCAAGGAUGAAAUUUACCUUUGUAGGAGUAGAACCUAAAUACAUGUUAUAAGUGCUGAAUGUACAAUAAAGUUUCCGUGAUGAAAUCUCGUGCAAGAGCUUAGUAGCCCGGGUAGAAUUCUGUAUAUAAUGAUCACAAAUUCCAGCGUGAAGUCACAAGUGUGUGUGUGGUGGUGUGUGUCUGCUGGAGUCGUAUACAAAAACUCAUUAUGUUUGUGAUACUUAUUUUUCAAUAGUUAACUUUUGUAGGCAUUUUGGGAUAGUCCGUGAUGUCCUGUCAUUUUUGAAUGACACAAAUACUGUGUAGCUUGUUUAUAAGACUUCUUUAUAUAUUUUGUGAGAUGCUACAUGGAAUAAAUGUGUAAUACAUA